AACAACCGUCGCAUUAUUUUUAUUUAUUUAGUAAUAAUAAUACUUUGACCGUGUUUAUAUAUAUUAGUUACAGGACUGAAUAGCGUUUGGUUUCUACUAUAACUGUAACAUCAUCGACAAACAUUUUACGAUUUUAGUCUUAUAAACAAUUGGAGAAAUUAUGCCAUUUUCGAACUCACCAUCUGAAAAUGCAUAUUCUUACCCAAACAGUAAUGUAUCGUCGACUGAAGAAACGCAAGAAGCAACUCAAAGAACUCCAUUACCCUCACAGAUAAGACUAAAAUAUGACCGAGACUUCAUUCUUAAGUUACAAUAUAAAGAAGCUUCCCUCACCAAACCUGUUGGACUUCCAGACUUACCGGAAAUAUUAUUCAAGAAACCACAAAUUCCGAAGCAACUUAAAUACAACAAAAUACGGCGAGACAUCAUACCGUUUAAAUGUUCUAAGAAUAUGAAAUCUGUGGAUGAAUAUGUGAAUGAUUCGGAGGACGAAGAACUUAAUACGAAAAUGAAGAAUAUUGCAAGCAGACUAGCACCGGAAAAAUAUAAAUCCGUUUUAUCACAGAUACGUGAUAUUCAAAUUGAUAAAGAGAGUAAAUUGGUAGCUAUCAUGAAUCUUUUGUUUGAAAAGGCAACGAGUGAUCCGAUGCUUUCUACGGCGUAUGCUUACGUAUGUCGGUGUCUGACUUUGAAGAGAGUUCCAUCAAUUCACUGCCACAAGGAAGUGGUGAAUGUCCAUAAAGUUCUUAAUAAGAAAUGUCAAAAGGAAUUCGAAAAAUACCAAGUUGAAGAAGCAAUGUUGAAUAAGAAAUUGCAGCAAAUUGAAGACACCGACAACAAUAUAGAAAAACUGAAAUUUCAAAAGGAACUUGUGAAGGAUAUUGAAAUUUUCAAAAGGAAAUCACAAGCAAACGUUCGGUUUCUUUGUGAAUUGUUUAAACUUGGUGUGUUGAGGGAAAACACGAUGCAGAAAUAUAUUAAAAAGAUGCUUCAGUCUUUAUCAGAGAAUAGUUUGGAAAGUGUGUGUCUGUUGUUCAAUACAAUUGGUGAGAGACUUGAUACGGGAAAGAAGUUUAAAAUGGAUGUGUAUUUCAUUCAAUUAAAAAGCAUCGCAGAAGAGAAUUCGACUCCUAACAGACUGAAAUUGAUGAUCGAAAACCUAAUUAGUUUACGUGAAAAUCAAUGGAACCAAAAAGAGGCUGAGAACCAUACAAAGCAAAAAGGAAUUACAAGUGUAAAAGACAGUAUGAAAGAGGAAACCCUGAAGGUGAUGGCAAAUAGCUACUAUGAGAACAAGGUCAAAGAUAUUUACCAAAACGGUGACGGUUCCGUUGCUUCUAACAUGGGAGAUAUAUUCUCAAGCGAUCCUGGGACUAAAACUAGUUCUUCAUAUCAACAGCCACAACAACAACAACAGCAGCAGCAACAACACAUCAAAGAGGAGUACGUGAAACCUGGUUAUAUGAAAAUCUUCGAUAUUGAUGCUCAAAACAAAUGUAUGGAUUUGACUCAGCUUGAGAGGAAAUAUUGCAAUUUGGUCUACGACGGCACAACCAGAGCAUCUGCCAGGGGAGAUGUGAUGGUGCCAAACUGUAGCCCAAACAUCAUUCGAGAAACCAAAGAAGCUGUUUAAUAAUAGGUUCGCUGCUGAUGCAUGGAUUCUGUUAUUGUCGAAAGAUGUCAAUCGGUGGUGAGACGGAGAAAUGCGAAAUCUAAUUGAGCUUCGGCAGAUAUAUAUAUAUAUAUCAAGGAUCUAAUUAGAGAAAGAGAAAGAGAGAGAGAGAGAGAGAGAGAGAGAGAUAGGGAGGGAGCUAAUGGUAAGGCUAAUGAAUACAUUCCUUUACUAACUUUUUAAUUAUUAGUAAUCUCUUUAUUUUUCCAAAGAGACAAAGAUAUUUGAAAUUUUAUGAAAUUUUAUG